AUCCGUUAACCCUAAUCUCUCUCCUCUGUAAUUCUACCUUCCGUGGAAGAAGACGACCACGACGGAAAUAGAGAGCUAAAAAUUCGUUGAAGAAAAAUAAUUUAGGAAGUUAUUUCGUGGGGGAAAAAAAAUGGGGAAAUUACUUUGUGAUUCAACAACCAUUGCGGAGACUUUUCAAACUUCAUCACCGACCGUGUCAUGGAGGGAACCACAGUCACCGGAUUUAGAGGCCGUGGAUCUCGUUGACCAAACAGAGGUAACAACUAUCGCGGCGGCAACGUGGGACGAUGUGGUUGGGCUCGAGGACCAGCAGAGACGGCACCUACAGAAGCUCCAUGCCAAGGGAGUUCUCUGGAAGCAGCCCGGGGAUCACGACUCCGCGGUCGUGUUCCGGCUGUCGCAUGGAGGUGAGGUUUCGCCGGAUGGGAACUGCCUGUUCACCGCGUCGCAGAGGGCUAUGGCGCGUGACAUUGACGCGCGGGAGCUCCGGAGGCGGGCGGUGAAGCGGUUCGUGGAGGACCUUGGAUCUGCUAGCGAGGAUGAGAGAGAGUCGAUAAACAAGGUAAUUAGGCAUAUGUACUCGCCGGAUCUGAGGAGCGGAUGGCGUGUUCAUGUGGUUCAAGAGGUUAAGUUGUUGGCCAAGAAGGAGGAUCGCGUCGCCUUGGACUCCGCCAUUGACGAACUCGUUCAGCUAGGAAUGCAGAGAAAAAUGGCGGCUGAGUCUAUAUACAAAGGGAGAUGUAUUCCAGUGAAUGAUUGUUCGAGCUGGGCCAAAUACAUGUCAAUCUCUGGUUCACCUGAUGAUGAAUAUAAUAUCAUCACUCUGCAAUAUAUUGAGGAUGGUUUGUUAUCUGUAGAAGAGAAUAAAGAAGGUCACGCAGCAGCUUUUGGAGAUGAUAUAGCCAUAGAGUGGCUUGCAACGGAGUUCAAGCGAGAGAUAUAUGUGGUGCAAGCACAUGGUUCAGAUGCAAUGGUUGAGGAAGAAAACUGUGUUUUCUUCCUUCCACAUCGUCCUAGGAGUGAAAUCUGUGGACCUCCCAUCUUUUUAUUCAUGAAAGGAACUGGUUGGUGUGGAGCUGGAGCUGACCACUACGAACCCUUGAUUGCCCAUCCUUGUUCGCUCAUUUCCAAUGAGAAAGUUGCUUUUGUACUCUGAGGGGCACGAGUCCUACAGUUUUGUGGUGUAGGGAUCAAAUAGAAGUAGUUGACAAUUUUUUCACCUAUGUCUAGAUGCAAUCUAGUUCUCCAAGAUUAUCUUUUCUCACAGAAUUUAAUUGCAUACCAUUCUUUUUUUACCUUGUUUCCUUUUUCUAGGAAUUGAUUCGCUGAGACUUCAACCUGCAAGUUUCAUGCCUCCUCUCUAGCAAUCAUGUAGGAUCUUGUAGUGGUUUUGCGGCCUGCUUUUGUUGUUGAGUUGAGGAAUGCUUGUAUGCCUGGAUCUUGUAUCUUAGCCUGAACCCUGUCCCAAGUUUUAUUUAAUGAUCAAAUUUCCUUUGUUCAUCCCAGUACCACCUUGUAUAGAUGAUCAAUCUUAAAAGCGUAUAAUCAAAUGUAGUGGUGUUU